AUGAAUAAUUAGGCACCAAAGCUAAGCAAAAGCCUUUCUCCUAUUCCACCUGCUUUGUGCUAAUCUUUUCUUCCUGUGUGGACCCCAUUCUUAGCCCACUCCAAGGUCUUUCUCUAUUUAUUUUCCACACACAUCCCAAAAGCCAUAAAAUAAAAUAAAGAAAAAAAAAAAAAAAAGGAGAGACAAAGAGCUUCUACAUUCUACAUUUCAUCUCUCUCAAAGAGAAAUCAAAGAGAGGUGUUUGAGAUGGGAAACCACAAGUUUAGGUUAUCAGAUAUGCUACCAAAUGCUUGGUUUUACAAGCUGAAAGACAUGGGAAGAACCAGAAACCACAACACAACUCUCCCCACAAAGAAAAAACCACCACUUUCCUCAUCACGACCAACCAAACCAAAGCAGCCAAGCCUCUCCCAACAAAGAAAGUCCUAUUACUUCACAAGAGACCUCUCUCCACCACCACCACCACCACCGCCACAACCACCACUUCCUGACACAACAUCCUAUCACAAUUCACCUCCAGACCCAAAAAUCUUUGAAACCCAUUUCCAAGAACCAUCUAGAAAAUCAUCCAACAGGAGGCGCAGUAGCACCAGGAGAAAAAGAACCUCUCCCAGGCUUGUCACCUCCUCUGUCUCCGCCGUCUGCAACUGCCGAACCUCCCUCGAAUCCGUCUGGACUAAGCCGGAUUCGACGCCCGAAGACUACCCAAACUCUCCUGUUUACAGCUCCUCAGACAUUGAAUCAUUGCUACCUGAAUUUGGCUCUGACAACAAAACCAACAGUGACAUAGUCAUCGACAUUGAUAACAACUCAUUCAAUACAAAAUCUGAUUCAAUCAAUGUGAUUGAUGUUCUUGAACUCCCCCCAAUCAUAACCAAGAAGAGAGCAACUGAAUUGGUCGAUAAAAAGAGCAACGAAGCAACCAAAUUGGGAAGGAGCUCAUUUAGUAGCACUACUUCCAAGGAAGUGAAGACUAGUCCUGUUAGAAGAUUUUCAUCAGUGACUUCACCGGGAGUCAGACUUCGGACGAAUUCUCCGAGAAUCGUGAACCGGAGGAUACAGGGUCAUGGCCGGAAGAGCGUGUCCAACUCCCGGAGGAGCCUGUCGGAGACCUUCGCCGUGGUGAAGUCCUCGAGUGACCCACAGAGAGACUUCAGGGACUCAAUGGUGGAGGUGAUUCUGGAGAACAAUCUCAGGGCAUCAAAGGACUUGGAAGAGCUCUUGGCGUGUUAUCUUUCACUCAAUUCAGAUGUAUAUCAUGAUCUCAUCGUCAAGGUGUUCAAGCAAAUCUGGUUUGAUCUUAGUGACACCCAGUUGAAAUAAAUUCUGCUACAAUUGUAAUAUAUAUAUAUUUUCUUUUUUCUUAGAUAAAACUUUGAUGCCACAAAGUUCUGUAAUAAAAGUUUUUUAGUUUGUCAGAUUAGUCUUUUGUAUCUGCAGUAGUAUAUAAUAAUCCGAGAUUAUAUGGAUUUUAGUGAAA